CCCUUAAAAAUUGAAGUAAAAAAGAAAGAUUAUAUAUUUAAGUUAUAAUACAGAUAGGGUUGCCAUGCUUUUGAAUGUGUACCGCAGCUGUGAAGGCCGUUUCUUCUCUUUUUUGCUUUAGUAGUCAAGCCCUCUAAAACAAAGGUGUGGGAGACAUUAAACUUUAGCCAAGAAAGAAAAUACAGACAACUGGUAGUAUUUUUCUUAUAUAUAUAUACUACUUUUGCUAUAUUUUCUUUGUUUCUCUCUCUUGAACCGCCUAGCCAUAUGAGCUCUACUUGAAUUUGCCAAGGCUUUAAAGCCAGUAUGUUGAGUUUAUGAAGGCCAACUUUUUUUCUUCUUCAUGUUUUUCUCCUUUCUUUUUUCCAACUUGGAGGCUUCAGUUAAAGCAAAGAUAAGUGAGGAAUUUCUGGUGAUUUCUAUAUGGUUAAAGAAGGGAUACCAGAUCUAAAACGGGCUUAUAUAUGGUUUCUGUUAUAUAGAGAAGCUAACUGGGAUAUGAGUAAUCGGCUGCUAUACAAGGUUGGUUAUUUCAUUGAAGAUUUCAAGAGUUUGAGGCAACGAAGAUAGCAUUUACCGACACCAACGAAAGGGGGAAGAUAACAGAAGCAAUGAAUAAGAGUAAUCUGAGCUCCAUCAGCAGCUCCGAUCUCAUCGAUGCAAAGCUCGAAGAGCAUCAGCUGUGUGGAUCCAAGCACUGUCCCGGUUGCGGUCACAAACUCGAAGGAAAACCGGACUGGUUAGGUCUACCAGCAGGAGUGAAAUUUGAUCCAACAGACCAAGAACUGAUAGAACACCUGGAAGCAAAAGUGGAAGCUAAAGACAUGAGGUCUCACCCUUUGAUUGAUGAGUUCAUCCCAACAAUUGAAGGAGAAGAUGGGAUUUGUUACACCCAUCCUGAGAAACUCCCAGGCGUGACCAGAGAUGGAUUAAGCAGGCAUUUCUUCCAUCGACCAUCAAAGGCUUACACCACGGGGACAAGAAAAAGAAGGAAAAUUCAAACCGAAUGUGACUUGCAAGGUGGAGAAACAAGGUGGCACAAAACCGGCAAGACAAGGCCUGUCAUGGUGAGUGGCAAACAAAAAGGUUGCAAGAAAAUCCUGGUUCUCUACACGAAUUUUGGGAAGAACCGAAAACCCGAAAAGACUAGUUGGGUCAUGCACCAAUAUCAUCUGGGUCAACACGAGGAAGAGAAGGAAGGCGAGCUUGUGGUGUCCAAGAUAUUUUAUCAGACUCAACCAAGGCAGUGCAACUGGUCUGAUCGAACUGCUGCAGCAGCUGUUGAAGGAACCAACGUCGUUGUCUUCGACCCUAAUAGCAGGCGAGAUAGCGGCGUUCGGAAUUGUUCCUCAAAGGAACAGUUAAUCCCUCUUAGAGAGGAAGUAUCGGGAGCCGGGAUUGCCGCCGCGGUCGCUUUAUCAAGUCUUGCGGGUGCCAUGGAUAUCCAACACUUAAAACCCGAUCACCUUCUCAGUUUCUCCCCGUUUAGUAAAAGCUUCGACGAGAUGGGGAUUGGAGAAGCUUCGGCAGCAAAAGAAACGCCGGUUCAAUGCACAAGCCAAGCAUUGCCGGAGCACCAGCGGGGGACAGAUCAUAUGGCCCACGAUCAUCAUUUUCAUCAUCUUCACCACCAGCAGCAGAUUCCUACGACGGCGUUCCAUAUUAGCAGGCCUUCAUAUCCAAUUUCCACAAUCAUCUCGCCACCACCCUUCCAUCACACCUCCAUCAUCCUUGAUGAGGACUCCUUUCAUGUCUCCAGAAUAAUGCUUCAAAACGAAAGUUUCCAGGUACUACAUAUCAUCAGCAGCAGCAGCAAAAUCAUAAACUGGGAGGAAGGUCUGCAACAGGUUUGGAAGAACUAAUAAUGGGCUGCACUUCAAGUGACGUCAAAGAAGAGUCAUCAAUCACGAACCCACACGAAGCUGAAUGGUUAAAGUACUCCUCUUUCUGGCCUGACCCUGACCACCAUGGCUAGUCACCAUAAAAGCUAAAGUUAUAGACAAACCUUCCAAAAUAAUCACUACUUUGGACGAAGCCAAUCUCUGGUUAAAGACCUUUCAAAGGAGAGAGAAAGAAACCAAAACACCAAACACACACACACACACAUAUAGUUAUAUAAGUAAUAUAUAUAGUUUGUUCUUUUACUUUCUUUUUGUUUAACGGGGGUUGGAAGCCCGUUUCAUUACUCUCAACGUUUCGGCUCAGUUACCUGUACAAUAUACAUAGUUCAUGUUGUUGGAAAGAAAGAAUAAAAAUGAAAGAAAG